GGUUGGAGAAAGAAAAUUUUUAAGAGUUAUUGUAUAUUAUAUGUGUGUGUAGAAAUAUGUUCUAUGAUGCACAGUGGAGGUGACUGCUGACAUACAGAGCUUUUGUACAGCACAGGCACAGCCCUCUCACAGGGGGUCUUCACUAGUGAAGACGCAGUGGCCGGCCACCAGUAAAUGACAGAGCCAGGACUGGAAUCUGCUCCUGGACUCUCAGCCCUGCACGCCUUCCACUUCACUAGGCUGCGCACGUGUUUGUCACACUGUUUUGUUAACACACAAGCCUGUCGAUGAUGGAAAAAGAGUCCUCAGUGGCCAGAGAUGUCCGCAAGCAGACUUGUCAACUCUCGGAGUGUUCUCUAACCUGCUAGCAUUCUUCUCACUCUGUGCUCAUCUUAAGCUUUAAAAUCCGUAGGAGAAGAUGACCGUGUUCUUUAAAACACUUCGAAAUCAUUGGAAGAAAACUACCGCUGGCUUGUGCCUGCUGACAUGGGGAGGCCAUUGGCUCUAUGGAAAACACUGUGAUAAUCUGCUAAGGAGAGCGGCCUGUCAAGAAGCUCAGGUGUUUGGCAAUCAGCUUAUUCCUCCCAACGCACAAGUGAAGAAGGCCACCGUGUUCCUCAACCCUGCAGCUUGCAAAGGCAAAGCCAGGACUCUAUUUGAAAAAAAUGCCGCCCCGAUUUUACACUUGUCCGGCAUGGAUGUGACUGUCGUCAAGACAGAUUAUGAGGGACAAGCCAAGAAGCUUCUGGAACUGAUGGAAAGCACAGAUGUGAUUAUUGUUGCCGGAGGGGAUGGGACCCUGCAGGAGGUUGUGACUGGAGUUCUCAGAAGAGCAGAUGAGGCUACCUUCAGUAAGAUUCCCAUUGGAUUCAUCCCACUAGGGCAGACAAGUAGUUUGAGUCCCACCCUCUUUGCCAAAAGUGGAAAUAAAGUCCAACAUAUCACAGAUGCCACACUUGCCAUUGUGAAAGGAGAGACAGUCCCACUUGAUGUGUUACAAAUCAAGGGUGAAAAGGAGCAGCCUGUGUUUGCAGUGACGGGCCUUCGCUGGGGAUCCUUCCGAGAUGCCGGGGCCAGAGUUAGCAAGUACUGGUAUCUUGGACCUCUGAAAAUCAAAGCUGCCCACUUUUUGAGCACUCUUAAGGAGUGGCCUCAGACGCAUCAAGCCUCCAUCUCGUACACGGGGCCUACAGCAAGACCUCCAAGUGAACCAGAAGAGACCCGUCCCCGGCCUUCUUUGUACAGGAGGAUAUUACGAAGGCUGGCCUCAUACUGGGCACAGCCGCAGGAUGCCCUCUCCCAGGUGAGCCCAGAGGUUUGGCAAGAAUUACAGCUUUCCACUAUCGAGCUGUCCAUCACAACUCGGAACAGCCAGCUUGACCUGACAAGCAAGGAAGAUUUCAUGAACAUCUGCUUGGAGCCCGACACCAUCAGCAAAGGAGACUUCAUAACCACAGGAAGCAAAAAAGUGAAAGACCCCAGGCUGUGUGCUGAAGGUACGGAAUGCCUGCAGGCCAGCCAGUGCACUCUGCAGCUUCCCGAGGGAACAGGAGGCGCUUUUAGCAUCGACAGCGAGGAGUAUGAGGCCAUGCGUGUGGAGGUCAAGCUGCUCCCCAGGAAACUGCACUUCUUCUGUGAUCCCAGGAAGAGAGAAGAAAUGCUGCAGGGCGCAGCCCAGUGAGCAGCCCAACGCCCGCACCCCACGUCGCCCGUGGGACCAAAAGGGAGCAAGUGCCAUGGCUCUUCCGACCGCACUGUUGGAGGCGCCCAAGGGAGUUCCCAUGGCAGGGACCUCUGCCCUCCUCCAGAGUGCUUCCCCGCGUGCACCCCGCCACCUGCCUGGCAGUCAGUAUCUUUGGUGCAUGCUUCUCUCUCGCUGGCAGGUGAUCCAUCCUACAUUUCCUUCAGGGAAGUCCUCAGACUCAGUGGAUGGAAAGCGCUCAACCUUUCUUCCCAAAGCACAACUGCAGUGGAGAGCACCAUCCGUGGGCUGAGUACCCUCCUCCUGGGAAUUCCUCAACUGCCCUGCCCCCUGUCUGGGCUCUUCGUGGGUGCUGCCACCAUGUGGACUUUAGUCCUUACACAGUCUUGUUCCCAUUCUGUCUUCAGUAAAGGCUAGGUUUGUUUUUUUAAGCUGUUUUAAAUGUUGAUGUGCAUGAGAACCACCUGGGGUGCAUGUGUAAACUGACAAGGGGCCCCCCUCAAACUUUUAGUCCCUCCCCCUGAGGGGUGAGGUCCAGAAAUCUACUGAAAGACUAAUGUGCCCCACUCCUCUUGGUGAUGCGUUCCUGGUCCCCCUAACUUUCCUGGAGAAUGUAGUGUGCAGAAGGGGUGGGCGCCUGCUCUUCCGGUCCCACUGCGUUCCCUCACGCAUCGAAGCUGACAUGUAAAAAUUUCCAUGAGAAAUUAUAUAGUUGGCAAAGUCUGUUCUUUAUGGUGUCAUGUAAAUAUUGCGAUUUUAAAAUAAAAGCUGUUACAUCACUCUUUUAAACAUAUCCAGUGUAAUUUAAAUACCAUAGCAACUUGAUGCUCCUCAUUCAUACAUAAAAAUAAAUCAGCUAGUUCUUCACUAACUAAAA